CAAGAAAACAGCAAAUCCACCGCAAGCAAGAGCAACAGAAACAAGAAAGAUGCCUCACGAAAUUAAAAAGUACAAGAUCACCUCCCCAUACCUUCCUAUUUCAUGCGGCCUGGGCGAGGCUCCCUUUUACGAAGCUUCUACGAACUCCCUACGCUUCGUCGACAUCGUGAAAGAGAAGCUUCACACGAUCGACUUGAAGGAAGGACCCGGCUCGCACAAGGAAUGGGAUCUUGUGUAUUCGAUCGGGACGACGGCGGACAUCGAAGGCGAAGAUGGAAGUGAGAAAUUCAUAUUCGGCGGCAAGAGCGGGUAUGGAAUCUUCGAUAAGAAGACGGGAAAGAUGAGGAUCUUGAAGGAGUUCUGGACAGAAGCAGAAAAGAAGGAUGAUGGGGGCGGGAAGCCUGGCAAAGGCUCCUCCCUUGCCCACCGCAUGCGCUCCAACGACGGCGCAGUCGACACCAAAGGCCGCUUCUACGUCGGAACAAUGAACGACCCAGCGGUUCUAGGCUCCAAACCUUUCACCGACGAAGGUAUAAUUUUCCGCUUAGACCCGGACCUCAGCAUGCACCGCGUAAAAUCGAACGUCACAAUUCCAAAUGGAACGUCCUGGUCUCUGAAUGACGAUACCAUCUACUUGACCGAUUCUCCAAUAGGAGAAAUCAGACAAUACCCUUACAAUCCCGGCACUGGUGAAAUCCGGUUCGAUGAAGGCAAGACAUUCUUCAAAUGUCCUAUUGAAGGUGGAGUGCCGGAUGGGCAUUGUCAGGAUGAAGAAGGCCAUUUCUGGGUUGCGCUGUUUGGGACAGGGAAAGUCGUUCGAGUUGAUCCGAAGGGUGAAAUUGUGGCUGAAGUAGAUGUUCCGACGAGAUGUGUGACUUGUCCGGAGAUCUGCGGUACGGAGCUAUUCAUUACGACUGCAGAGGAGGAGGAACCGGAGAAGUAUCCAUGGAGUGUGAAGUAUCAGGGAGGCUUGUUUAAGGUCGAUGUAGGCGUUAAAGGGUCGAAGAGGAAUAAGUUCAGAUUGGAGAAGGGGGUUGAGUUGUAAAAGGAAGAGUAGCUGACUGCGUUGAUUGAGGGGGGCAAUGAUGGACCAUGCUGUUUAAUAGUAUGGUCCACCAAGUCGUGUGCUAUCUAGAUAGCAGCUUGUAUGCCUCGAAGUAUCUCGGAGAAGGACCAGACUUGGCAUGGGAAUUUUUGUGGAUGGUACAAUAGAAGACAGAAUGUGCCUACAGC